AUGGCAAAUUCAGCUUUAGGAUUUGACAAUCCUGCAAGUCCUUAUUACUUGCAUCCAAAUGAGAAUCCUUCUUUGAUUCUUGUUAAUCCUCCACUUAAUGGACAAAAUUUCCAUUCUUGGUCUCGUUCAAUGAGAAUGUGCUUAUUAUCAAAGAAUAAGCUAAAGUUUGUUGAUGGAAGUAUAUCAGUACCAUCCAGAGAAGAUCAAAUGUAUCCAGUAUGGGAGCGAUGUAAUACCAUGGUACUUUCUUGGCUUUUACAUUCUUUAUCACCUUCAAUAGCUCAAAGCAUUUUAUGGAUUGAUAGUGCUGUUGAUGUAUGGAAAGAUCUGUAUGAUAGAUUUUCUCAAGGAGAUGCAUUGAGAAUUUCAGAUCUGCAAGAGGAGAUUUAUGCUUUUAAGCAAAAUAAUUUGUCUGUUACAGAUUAUUUCACUCAGUUAAAAAUUUUAUGGGAUGAAUAUCUUAAUUUUAGGGCAGUUCCAGUUUGUUCUUGUAUCCCUCAAUGUCAAUGUAAUGCUUUAAAGAAAGUUAAAGAUUUUCAAGAAGGAGAUUAUGUCAUUAGAUUUUUGAAAGGACUUAAUGAGAGUUAUUCUGUUAUUAAACAACAGAUAUUGAUGAUGGAUCCUUUGCCAAAAAUAAAUAAAGUUUUUUCUUUGGCUUUGCAAAAUGAGAGACAGAUUGGUUUAAAUAUUGGUGUUGGUCAGACUGUAGAACCAUCAGUUUUUGCAGCUCAAUCUAGUAAUUCUAUGUACAGACCACCAUUGGAUAAUAGAUCAUCUGGAUAUAGGGCAUCAAUGGAGAAUAGGUCUUUUGUGUAUAAACCACCUGUAGGUAAUUUUGGUUCUGGAAAUGUGUUUAGGCCACAGGGGGGACAGAGGAGGUUUUAUAGUGCUCCAAAUAAUGGUAAGCCUAUUUGUAGCUAUUGUGGUUUUUCUGGUCAUUCAGUGGACAUUUAUUUCAAAAAGCAUGGGUAUCCCCCUGGUUAUAAGUCAAAAUCUAGGACUCAGUCAUAUGUAAAUCAAGUUGGAGAAGUAAUAAUGGUGGAUGAUCAAGAUUAUGCUUAUGGACAAGAUCAAGAUAUGUCUUAUGAUCAGAAUCAAGAUAUGUCUUAUGUUGUUCAUGAAUCUGCAGUUGAGAGCAAAAAUGUGGUUAAUAAUCAGCAUACUAAAUAA